AGCCCGGCCUGCCUGUGACUGAAGUUUGGAGGAUGAGAGCAGUUCUCUAAUUGGUUAAAGGACUCAAGAAGGCAAAGAUGGCAGAAGUUCGUCGGGAUAGCACAAGCAGUCUACAGAGAAAGAAGCCACCAUGGCUAAAAUUAGAGAUACCAUCUGCUCCUGUUACCACAACUGAGGAGCCAAGCUUUGUGCAGCAGUUCAAGCGUCAACAUUUUUUAAGAAGCGUGAGUAUGCCAGUAGAAAACACUAGAAUUCCUUCACCUCCCAAUGAACAGAAGCGGCCUAUACUGCAACGUCAGACCUCAAUCACCCAGACGAUAAAAAGGGGCACUGCUGACUGGUUUGGAGUAAGUAAAGACAGCGAUUCAUCUCACAAGUGGCAAAGGAAGAGCCUUAGACAUUGCAGCCAGAGAUAUGGAAAGUUGAAACCACAAGUUAUCCGAGAAAUGGAUCUCCCCAGCCAAGACAACAUAUCUCUAACAAGUACAGAAACACCGCCACCUCUUUAUGUGGGAUCAGCUCAGUUUAAUAUGCAAAAGAUUAUAGAUCCACUGGCUCGAGGACGCGCCUUUCGAAUGGUAGAAGACAUGGAUGGCUACAGUAUGCCCCAUACACCUAUUACACCAGGGGCAACUUCUCUCUGCUCAUUUACUAGCUCAAGAUCUGGAUUCAGUCGAUUUCCCAGAAGACGGAAAAAAGAGUCUGUGGCAAAAAUGAGCUUUAGAGCCGCAGCAGCACUUGUGAAGGGUCGAUCACUAAGGGAAGGUACGUUACGAAGGGUACACAGGCGGAGCUUCACUCCGGUUAGUUUUCUAGAAGAAGACACCAUGGAUUUUCCUGAUGAACUGGACACAUCAUUUUUUGCAAGGGAAGGGGCUCUUCAUGAAGAUAUGUCAAGUUACCCUGAUGAAGUGUUUGAAUCUCCUUCAGAGGCAGACAUCAAAGAGGCUGAUAAUACAGCAAAAGCAGAAGAUGCUGUGGAACAUACAGGGAGUGCCUUGGACAAAAGUGAAUUAGAAAAAAGUCAUUUGAUGCUGCCUUUAGAAAGAGGUUGGCGUAAAGUAAAAGAGGGACACCUUGUACAGCCAAAAAUAAGACUUUGUCAAGAAGUGGUCACUGUCAGUCCUCAAAAGAGAGGCCAGCGUAUUACUGUCCCGGUAAAGAAACUGUUUGCAAAAGAAAAAAGGCCAUAUGGUCUUGGGAUGGUGGGAAGGUUAACAAACAGAACAUAUCGUAAAAGGAUAGACAGCUACGUAAAAAGACAAAUAGAAGAUAUGGACGACCACCGGCCAUUCUUCACUUACUGGAUCACAGUUGUACAUCUGCUCAUAACAAUCCUGACUGUAUCCAUCUAUGGUAUUGCACCUGUUGGAUUUUCUCAACACGAAACUGUAGAAUCUGUUUUGCGAAACAAAGGAGUUUAUGAAAACGUAAGGUACAUACAGCAAGAAAAUUUUUGGAUUGGACCAAAUUCUGAAGACUUAAUACAUCUUGGGGCAAAAUUUUCUCCAUGCAUGAAACAAGAUCUGCAAGUUUACAGAUUAAUUCAGGAGAAGAGAGAGAAAGAAAAAGACUCUGCUUGCUGUGUGAGAAAUGACAAAUCUGGCUGCAUCCAGACCUCCGAAGACGAGUGCUCAUCUACCCUGGCUGUAUGGGUAAAAUGGCCAGCUCAUUCAAGCACCCCGCUUUUGGCAAACAGAAGUGAAAGACACUAUGGAUCAGUAUGUCGUCAGGAUCCCAGGUUUUGUGCUGAACCAGCUUCAGUGCCUCCACACGAAUGGCCUGACGACAUCACAAAAUGGCCGGUGUGUACUAAUAGUACAAAUGGGAAUUACCCUAAUCAUCUGCAUAUGAACUGUGAAAUAACGGGAAGGCCCUGCUGUAUUGGAACAAAAGGAAGCUGUAAAAUAACAUCAAGAGAAUACUGUGAGUUCAUGAAAGGAUACUUCCAUGAAGAAGCAACAUUAUGUUCACAGGUACAUUGCAUGGAUGAUGUGUGUGGUCUCCUGCCAUUCUUGAAUCCAGAGGUUCCAGACCAGUUUUAUAGGUUGUGGCUUUCUCUCUGCCUUCAUGCUGGAUCCAUUGUCUACAUUUUAAGUGGGAUUACCGGGAAUCUUACCAGUGCCAUCUUUCUGCCCUACAGAGCCGAGGUUGGACCGGCUGGAUCUCAGUUUGGAAUCUUGGCCUGCCUUUUUGUUGAACUCUUUCAAAGUUGGCAGAUUCUAGCAAGACCAUGGAGAGCUUUCUUCAAGUUGCUUGCUGUUGUCAUCUUCCUAUUCACUUUUGGACUCCUCCCUUGGAUUGACAAUUUUGCUCAUAUUUCUGGCUUUAUUAGUGGCUUCUUUUUAUCGUUUGCAUUUCUUCCGUAUAUUAGCUUUGGUAAAUUUGACUUGUACCGGAAGAGAUGCCAGAUAAUUAUAUUUCUACUCAUAUUUUUUGGACUGUUCUCUGGCCUAGUGUUUUUAUUCUAUUUUUACCAUAUCAAGUGUGAAUGGUGUGAGUACCUAACCUGUAUUCCAUUUACAGAUAAGUUUUGUGAGAAAUAUGACCUUGAUGCACAACUUCUUUGACACCGACAAGAGAUUUUUAUCUAAGCAAUGUUUUUAAGAUAUUUUUUAUGUUUUAGAAAUAUGGUGUUAUAUGGUUAUUAUUAAAGGUACUGAAAGAAAAUAACAGUUAUUAUAUCCCACAAGAGAUGAAAUAAGAUUAUUACUUGGUAGUUAACCAUAUUGGCACAAUAAUCAAAAAGUAACGCGUAUACGGAGAGAUCAUCUUUUGCUAUGCUGUGGGAAUUAAUUGUUUUUAUCCAUAUCUAUAUUAAAAAGUAUAUCUAAUGUGCACAUUGUUAAUUUAAUCUGUAUAUAUAGCAUUUGAUAACCUUUGCUAAAAUGUGUCUCAGAUUAUUUUACUAUCUGAAAACAGUAUUUUUUCAUUGUUCACUUUUACUGGACAACAGUGUGACGUCUUUUUGAUGAACUAAUUUCAUUGCUAGGUUUUUAAAUAUAUUUUUACUGCAAGCAAAGCUGCAGUAAUCAAACCACAGGGUAGCGUUUUAGCUGCUUUGUCUGUUACAAAAUAA